CAACAAACACUGCGGCUUGACACCACUGCGCUUCUGCUUUACUGUUUCAUUUGUACUCUCUACACUCUACCCUGUUCCGAUUUUAAGACUCAAAGCCCACCCAGUACGGCCUCGCAUUUUGUAUCAACACAUUUCCUUCUUGUAACACUUCAGUUGACUCUGGAUAUCGUUCUCUGACGCACCGCUCAACUUCCGCAUCCGCCGUUUGAAUCCUUCCCAUCGAACCCUUCCAUCGCAUCAACCACCCACGAACGCUCUCACUACCGCAGCGUUGAGAUACUCGACGUCGCUGUUGACCGUUGUUGGUCGCAUUCCAAGACCUUCCGUCACUCUUUUCUUGUCUUGCCCAUGGAAAACGCAAAUUUGUGGACUCGGCGCUCAAAGUCUGUUGCAUCCUCUUUUCUGCUUUGUACGCUGACCAUGUUUCAGUUCCGGAAAGCUUUCGCUGUCUAUGAGAGAUUCUGAUGGUAAGGAUGGUAGCAAGGUAGAAUCGCCACGAAACUACACAAGCAAGCGUUUUGGCGACACCUCUUCACACGGCAAAUCGAACCCGUUCAACGCUCUGUCCCCCUCUGCCACAAAGUCUCCUUCAGCGAGCGCAUCAUCUGCUUUUGGCUUGGGAAGCGGUGCGUUCGCCUCGUUCGGCUCCGCGAAAACCCCCAAAACCCCGGGGACAGGAUCCGGGACCGGAUUUGACUUCACAUCACGGGACAAGAAAGAGAAGGAGACAGACACACAUGCCGAAGCUUCCCUGACUGAGAAAUUCACGGAGGCUUCGGCGGCAUCCAGCGCCCAGCCUGGGCAUCAAUUAAGAAACGCCUGGAAUUUGUUCUAUAGACCUCCGGCGAACAAAUUUUCCGACUAUGAAAAGUCUACUCAGAAGCUGGCCACUAUUAGCUCGGUAGAAAGCUUCUGGACGAUAUAUUCCCACCUUAAGCGGCCUUCCCUACUACCGACCGUGUCUGAUUAUCAUAUUUUCAAGGAUGGCAUUCGUCCCGUUUGGGAAGACGAGGCCAACAAGAGAGGCGGAAAGUGGAUUGUCAGGCUCAAGAAAGGCGUCGCUGAUAGGUAUUGGGAGGAAUUGCUCCUUGCAAUCAUUGGAGAUCAAUUCAUGGAGGCUGGUGAGGAAGUAUGUGGCGCUGUACUUAGUGUACGAAGUGGUGAGGAUGUCCUCAGUGUUUGGACCAAGAACGAUGGCGGGAGGAAUAUCAAGAUUCGCGAAACCAUCAAGCGAAUACUCGCUUUUCCCGCCGACACCAAUAUAGUAUGGAAGAGCCACGAUGACAGCAUCGCCCAGCGCUCUGCACUCGAUGAGGCUCGACAGCAGAAAUCAAGUGCUCCACAAGGCCAUUCGGGAGUGGAGAGACGACGGCCCACGUUACAUGAUGAUUCGGACAAGAGUAGAGGUAAAGCGGUGGCAUCUUAGCAAGAGAGGGACGGGACAAGGUCCCGUGUGUAGAAUACUGCAAGUAAUUCCUGGAUAUAGCUCCAACAAGGGGACUUGCCAGGUCCAAUGAACCAUGUUCUAUGACCGUGCAACAAUGAAUUUGUUCUUCUGCUUGGUCCAAGUAAAG